CGGGAUUCAGGAGAGUGAAGCUAGUGUUUACCUUAUGGUGAGACAGUGCUGCUGUGGUAUACAGAUUGGGUUGCUGCUGCUCUGGCAGAGAAAUUUGUCUGCGUCACAUCUCAUCAAAUUUUCUAUGUCAAGCCACAUCAUGUUAGAAAAAUCCAUUCUGCUGUUGUCUCUUCAGAUAAGUCUCCUGGGAGUCACUCUUGGUGGGAAUGUUCUGAUUUGGCCAAUGGAAGGUAGUCAUUGGCUAAAUGUUAAGAUAAUUAUAGAUGAGCUGAUUAACAAACAGCAUAAUGUGACUGUCCUAGUUGCUUCUGGUGCACUUCACAUCAAGCCCACUUCCAACCCAUCUCUGACAUAUGAAAUAUAUAAGGUGCCCUUUGAGAAAGAAAAUGUGGAAGAAACGCUCCAUAAGUUAAUUUUUACAUGGAUGGAAAAUAAACCAUCUCCUUCAACCAUUUGGAGAUUCUAUCAGGAGAUUGGCAAAGCCUUCAUGGACUUCCAUGCACUGAGUAGAGAAAUCUGUGAUGGUGUUCUCAAAAACCGAAAGCUGCUGGAAAAGCUGAAGAAAAGCAAAUUUGAUGUUCUGGUAUCGGAUCCAUUAUUUCCUUGUGGUGAUAUAGUAGCUUUAAAACUUGGAAUUCCAUUUGUGUACACCUUGAAGUUUUCUCCAGCAUCAACAGUGGAAAAACACUGUGGGAAGACACCAUACCCUCCUUCCUAUGUUCCUGCUGUUUUAUCAGAACUCACCGACCAGAUGUCUUUCACUGACAGAAUAAGAAAUUUCAUCUCCUACCAUCUACAGGACUACAUGUUUGAUACUCUUUGGAAAUCAUGGGAUUCCUAUUAUAGUGAAGCUUUGGGAAGACCCACUACGUUAUGUGAAACUAUGGGGAAAGCAGAAAUUUGGCUAAUGAGGACAUAUUGGGAUUUUGAAUUUCCUCGUCCGUACUUACCUAAUUUUGAGUUUGUAGGAGGAUUGCAUUGUAAACCUGCCAAACCGUUACCUAAGGAAAUGGAAGAAUUUGUCCAAAGUUCAGGUGAACAUGGAGUUGUAGUGUUCUCUCUGGGGUCAAUGGUCAAAAACCUCACAGAAGAAAAAGCCAAUCUCAUUGCCUCAGCCCUCGCUCAGAUUCCACAGAAGGUCUUAUGGAGAUACAAAGGAAAGAAGCCAGCCACAUUAGGAGCCAAUACUCGGCUCUAUGACUGGAUACCCCAGAAUGAUCUUCUUGGUCAUCCCAAAGCAAAAGCUUUUAUCACUCAUGGUGGAACAAAUGGGAUCUAUGAAGGUAUUUAUCAUGGGGUCCCUAUGGUGGGAGUUCCCAUGUUUGCUGACCAGUAUGAUAACAUUGCUCACAUGAAGGCCAAAGGAGUGGCCGUGGAGGUGAACAUGAUCACAAUGACAAGUGCAGAUUUGCGUGAUGCCAUUGAAACAGUCAUUAAUGAACCUUCCUAUAAAGAGAAUGCUAUGAGGUUAUCAAGCAUUCACCAUGAUCAACCUAUAAAGCCCUUGGAUCGAGCGGUCUUCUGGAUUGAGUUUGUCAUGCGCCACAAAGGAGCCAAACACCUGCGGCCAGCUGCUCACAACCUCACUUGGUUCCAGUACCACUCUUUGGAUGUCAUUGGGUUCCUGCUGGCCUGUGUGGCAACUGCUAUAUUUUUGGUCACAAAAUGUUGCUUAUUUUCUUGUCAAAAAUUUGGUAGAACAGGAAACAAGAAAAAGAGGGAAUAGAUCAUUCUCAGGGUGGUACAGGUCUGAGUGGGCAAUCUUGUUCUGUUUAGCCACAAUGAUCUUCAUGAAAACAUAUCAUCUUCAUCAUGUUUUCAAAAUUCCCAUUUCUCUCCCUUAGCCUACAGAUAAAGCCUAGAAUUUGACAAUACCAUCAACUAGUGAGCAUGUCCUGUUCUUCCUUUGUCUUUUGCCAGAUGACUUUACCCUCUUCCUCUCACUUUCCUGACACAGAGACACUAAUAGUUUUAUGUAGAUUCUAUACACAAUAUUAUCAUUAUUUUUUAACCUUAAGUGGUAUGCUGACUAACAAUAUGCUAAAUCCUGGGGAACACACAAAAUGAGAGCUAAGUUUGAUGGAUGUAGGGAACAUGGAAGAAUAAAAUUCACAAAUUCACCUAGAACAUACAAAUCAGAGAAACAUCAUAGAAGAUUAGUAUGUUAUAAGAAUAGUACUGAUUUUUUUUCUGCUUUCCCAAUGUUACUGGAGUCAGAGCAUGAAAUGAUAAUAACUUGGAUGGCACAUCACACUAGGAUAGGUCUACAAAUUUCCACUGAACACAUGCAUAAUCUUGGCUCACAUUCCACCUUUAGUCAAUAAGUAUAUUGGGUACCUUCUUGUGCAAGGGCCUUCAAACAAAAGAGAUCAAUUAGUCAUUUUUUCUACAGGACAGAAUGUAGCAAUAUGUUAAAAGUAAGCAAAUCACUUUUAGAGGAAAUAAUAAUACUAAAUAUAAAUUUAUUAAUUUUAUAAAAAUUUUAAUUAACAGUUCAAUUAAUAAAGAAGUGAAAUGUCAAUUUAUCAUAUUUAAAAAUCACUAAUGCUCAUAAUCUUUAAUCACUAUCAUCAAAGGUUUACUUUUGUCAACAAAACAAACAUUUACUGGGAAUAUAUGAUCAUUAUAUUCUGUUUCAGUCUCUAUCAUCUACAAAUUUAAAUUCAUCAAUUACUUAUUAUGCCAAGAAGAUAUUAGUAGUUCUCCUUGACCAUAAAUGUUAUAGUAAAUAUUUAUCAAUGCAAAAACUAAUAAAAGGCAAA